AUGGCGUACAGAAUUACACCAAAAUUACAGGAGAAGAUCAACCAUUAUGCAAAGUUUCCUCAAACUGGAGUGUCGUUAAGACAGAUGGUUAUGUUUGGUCAAAACCCUUCUCAAGGAACCUUAUUUAGAGCUAGUCAAUUUUUGUCAGAUGAAUUACCAAUUAGAUUGGCACGUAGAGUUAAAGAGUUAGAUGAUUUACCUCAUCAUCUUAAAUUACCGCAAAAUAUUAAAGAUAUGCUUGCGCCUAAUUCAGGUGAACAAACCAAAUUACCUGAAAAUACCCCUAAUCUAUCAUUAAAACCACCAAUAACAUCAUCAUCGUCAACUACAAUAACACCAAGCAUAAAUACAGUCAUACCACUUGAACAUAGGAAUAAUCGAAUACAAAGUCAACAUGUAGCACUAAACCGACUACCAUCAAGAUCAGAUUAUGUAGGUAUAAUUUGUACCAAAACAAAUAUAGGACAAGCUGUUCAAGAGGCUGCUGAUAAUGCAAAAUUUAUCUGUGAAGAGUAUUAUGGACUAUUUAAUGCGCCUGAAAUUCAAUUGUACUGUCCUGAUGAUUUGAACUUUACCUAUAUACCGACUCAUUUGAGUCAUAUGCUUUUUGAAUUAUUGAAAAACAGUUUACGUGCUGUGGUUGAGUUUUCAGGUGAUGAUGCAGAUGAAUAUCCACCAAUCAAAAUUAUUGUUUCAAAAGGACAAGAGGAUAUCACUAUAAAGAUAUCAGAUGAAGGCGGUGGCAUUCCAAGAAGUAGUAUUCCUUUAGUUUGGACCUAUAUGUACACGACAGCACAAGCAAAAGCAUUAGAUCCAGAUUUUAAUCAAAAGGAAUUUAGAGCACCAAUGGCCGGAUAUGGUUAUGGAUUACCAAUUAGCAGACUGUAUGCAAGAUAUUUUGGUGGUGAUUUAAAGCUGAUUUCAAUGGAAGGAGUGGGUGAAAAUGAAGAAUAUCACGAGUUGGAUUUAAGAAGAAAAAUGGACUUUUGGUGA